AACAUCGGUGUUAUCAGCGUUGUUCCCAGGCUGAAAGUCAAAACCACAGCACUGCACCAGCUACUAAGAAGGAGAAAAAUGCCUGGUACUGCUUAACCCAGGACAUGUUUGGAAGCAAAACUCGGAUUCAUCCAUGUAGUUUUGGCGCAAAAAAGGCAAAGCUUGCCCUGAGUUUGCAGGAUGAAGGCAGCAAUGUACUUUUGGGAGAAAAAGAAAUAUCUGUUUGUGAAAGUAGCUGAAGAAAGGAAAGAGGGGGAAAAGGACAAAUGUUCCAGCAAGCUAUGGUUCAUCCCUGAGCCGUUACACCACACCAGUACCCCUCAGCUGAUGAUAAGCAACGUCUUGUUUUUUGUUUUACCACCCAUAUGUAUGUGCUUGUUCCGUCAAUAUGCAACCUGUUUCAACAGCGGAAUAUAUUUAAUAUGGACUCUGCUAGUUGUGGUUGGAAUUGGAUCUGUUUACUUCCACGCCACCCUCAGUUUCCUGGGCCAGAUGCUGGAUGAGCUGGCUAUUCUCUGGGUCCUGAUGUGUGCUUUUGCCAUGUGGUUCCCUAGGAGAUACCUGCCCAAAGUUUUUCGGAAUGACAGGAGCCGAUUUAAAGCUGCUGUAGGUGUCCUGUCUGGAGUUACUACCUGCCUUGCCUUCAUUAAGCCUGCCAUCAACAACAUUUCACUAAUGACUCUGGGUGUUCCCUGCACAGCUUUGCUCGUUGCUGAGUUGAAGAGAUGUGAAAACCUACGUGUGUACAAACUGGGCCUCUUUUCAGGCCUUUGGUGGACGCUAGCACUUUUCUGCUGGAUCAGUGACAAAGCAUUUUGUGAGACCUGGUCCUCAUUUAAUUUCCCUUAUUUGCACUGUGUGUGGCACAUUUUGAUUUGUCUUGCGGCGUACCUGGGCUGUGUCUGCUUUGCUUACUUCGAUGCUGCCUCUGAGAUCCCCGAGCAGGGCCCUGUCAUAAAGUUCUGGCCCAGUGAAAGAUGGGCGUUCAUUGGGGUUCCCUACGUCACCCUCCUCUGUGCACACAAGAAAGCACCUGUGAAGGUCACAUGAAGUUAGCCACGGAAUGAGGAUGGAGAUGCAACUUAUAUUCCAGUACAGACAGUAUUUAAAUGAUGAUAAUUGAAUAGGGUUGUAUUUUAUCUUCUUCCUAAGAUAUGCAGCACUUCAGGUGUCAUAGAAAGAGGAAGCAAGUGUGUUCUUUCCUCUCUGGAGAGGAAUGAGGAAGCAGGAAGGUGGAGGCCCUCAAGCACUAAAGUAACCACUGCCUUCUCUGGCUGGCUCUGUUUUGCACUGUAUUUUCAAUGGAGCAUUUUUCUUGAUAAAAGCUCUUUCCAAAUACCAGGCUCAAGGAAUGAUGUUUCUGCAGUAGGUCUCCUCUGGUGCUUAAUUUGCUCCAUUUGUAACUUGUGGCUAAAGGCCUCGUUUGCGACAUAAGCCAGUCCAAGAUGCCUGCAUGCCAUCCUGUGUUCUUCUCAACUAUAAUUUUGAUGUGGGUGCACAUCGCCACAAGAGUGUGCUCAAAGCACGUGCUCCUCCCAGCCUGGCAUAUAUACAGUGAGUUUGGCUGUGCAUCACAUUGGAUCACAGAGUAUGUGGUUACUUCCCCAAGUACAACAGGAGACAAGUGCAAAGUGUUUGCAACUGGGCAACUGAAUCAGUGCAGUUAGGCAGUGUAAAUGCAAGAAUAGCUGACAGAAGAUUGUCACUAAAAUUAAAUAGGAGUUCAAAGGUUUUGAAAGGUUUUGAAUUUUUCUGUAGACUGACCUUUAGACAUUUGUAUGCUGCAUAUUUCCCUCUUACAGAAAUGUCACAGAAAUCCCUUUCUACCUCUACAGAGACAUUUGGUCUUGAAUUUGGUAUUGAAGUUCACACAGAAGGCUGAACAUUAACUUCAGUGACAGCUCAGGUCAGCAUGUGGAUUGACAGUGUGAUUAAACUACAAAAACUCAUAGGUGCCUACCUGUACAUCCAAUUUGAGAGUUAACUUCUCACCAAGGCGUUGCAAAGUGACGUGAACGAUAGUCCAGUGCUCCGCUAGCUAUACUGACACUUUUUUAGAAAAAAAAGUAGAUGACUGCUUAAGAACCAAGCUGAAGACUUAGAUUUCAGUGAACAAUGAAAUGCAACAUUGAAUCUUGCAUUCUUAGAAAACAACAGUAUAUUCAAAUUUUCUGUUUGUUUUCAGCCUGUUUUGUAAAGAUAAGCAUGUCUAGAUCUAUUUAAUUUUAAGGUUAUAUUUUGGGUUGAGAUUCAGGAAUGGCUCUGUUUUUUGCAGCAAUUUAUGCUAGUUCUGUUUAAAAAAUGGUGCAAAGUGUAGGCAUAUUUUUCAAAUAUUAGCAGUUGUAGAUGCUAGUAGCUGCAGUCUUGGAAAAAAAAGGUCUGCUUACAUUCCACCUAACAUCUGAACUGUAAGUAGGUUAAGGCUUCGGAUAUUUUUCCAAAUACUUUUUUUCAUAUUAGACCAGGAAAUACCAUUUCCUCUGUGCUUUCCUUUGUCUCAUGUUGUACUUUCUUUCUAGUAAUGUGAAAAUGUAACUCUAUACAGUGUUAUCUUUAGGAAGGUGACUUUUAACAAGAAUUUUGGGGUGAAUUAACUUUCAAGCAUUGUAAAACAUUUACGAUAACUUUUAUGUUCAAAUCUGUGCUUAGAAAACAAGAGCUAAGGUGUAUGCUGUUAUGCUUAAAGCAAAGUUUUAUUAGUGGGAGAUGUGACUGUCUUCUUGAGAACUUCAAAGCUGGUAAGUAGCCUACUGUCAGGUUGACUGACAGAUCAUAAAUCCAGCAAAAUCUGUCCAGUGGAACAGUGCAAAAUUUGUAUCACUUGCUAGUAGAUUCGUCUGAGAGAAACAUGAUCUUUUUGACACAGUCAUGUAAUUUUUAUAUGAAACUUGUUUGUGAAAAUUCAUAUGGUAACGUUUGUUAGUCUUUGAAACACUGCUGCUUUUUCCUUUUCCUUCCUCUUUCCCUAAAUAUGAAAUACGCUUCUCAGAUAUUAAAAUUCAUAUGAUUAGAUCCUUAAACACAUAGGCUUGCUGGCUGGAACCCAGCUAAUGGUGUUGUUGCCUGACAUGGUCCUACUUUGAGUAAGAUUUUUCAAUAGUGUUUUCUAAAUUAUUAUAUUAUGGUAAAUAAGUUAUUUUCAGUAUUGCUUGGGAACUUGGUAACUGCCGAUGUAAUGAAGAAUUACUGGAGCCUUCCUACUCAGUAUUUUUUUGAAAGCAACCUUUGACUCAAAGAGCUCUAAUCAACCUGCUGUCAACUGCUGUCUUAUGCUCUACAGAGUCUGACUGCUCACAAAGAAGUAAUUUUGUAAUUGAAAGACCUAUCAGAGAGCAUUCAGCUAUUGCAGAGGUGAGCAAAUGUAGGUACAGGCCAAGAAUCAUCUCCUGUAUUUUUAUUAACUAACCUCUGGCCUUUGUACUCUUCAAACAAAGAUCACUAUCUGAUCUCCACUAUAGAAUUAGUUGGGAGUAUUCCACUGUAAUAACAGCCCACAACUUCUUGGUGUAGCUACUGCAUUUUAUAUUAAAUUAAUAUUAACUUAUAUGUUAUGACAAAGGCUACACUUGUUUCAAAAAGGUAAGAAAAGGGCAGUUUUUAUCAGAUUCACAGCUUUACAGAGUGAACUUUCAUGAUAACAUUAGUACCCAAAGAAGUAUGUGAUUGGCAUACAGGGGGUUUGUGCACUGCCCUGAUCAUACACAGGAAUAAACAUGCACAAGUAAGUGCAUUAUGUUGGAGAUAAAAUGAUUUAUAUGCACCCUCAGAUUUUAAAGCCUCAAAAUGCUUUCUUCCCUUGCUGGCAGGAAGUGUGUGGGUUUGUAGUCUUUAGGUUCAAUUAGUAUUUUAGUUUAAAUAGUGGGAUGCAAUAUUGUGUUGAGUAUAAUGUCGAUUCUGUAUAUUGGUGUGUGAAACCCAUCAUUCCUUGAAGGUUAAACUUCAGGUUAUUCAAGAAAGGGUAUUUAGCUCUCUGUGAUGGCAAACACUUGCCCAGUUCACAGUCACUAAAAUUCAAUAAGUAGCAUGUAAGGAGUGAUGUUGGGGUUUUUGUUUUUCUUCAUCUCUGUUGAAGUCUGUAUACUGAAUGUUUGUGGAAAGCAUGUAAUACUUUGCAACAUUAAAUUGCAUUUGAAACAAA